CGGAGGAGAGGAGUCGAGAGACUCCUGUGCGUCCGCUGGGUAAGCCUCUCGAGUUUCACCGACUUACUUAGGACCGUGCGCGGAGAAAACUGCCGUCAGUUCGCGGGAACGCUUUGCCGAGCGUGGAAGAGUGUUGUUGCCGGUUCGAAAGUAACGAGGGAAGCCGAUCGAAAGCAAGUCGCGAUCGACGAGUCGCUUGUUCGCGCGCGCGCGCACGCCAGUCCGUCCGUCCGUCCGUCCGGCAAAAAAGAACAAUGUUAACACGGCAUUCGUGCGCGACGGUGAUUUAGUGAUCCGACCGAAGAGGAAUUCCGUGCCGAUCGUGUAUAUGGGAUCGGCGCCGGUGCGUACGGAACAUCGGCCGAUUUUUCUAUCGCCACGAUUCAACGCGAUCCCGAGGAUUCCGCGCGCGGCGAAAACGCUGUAAUUUCUAGCGUUCGAAAUCGAACAGUUUGAAAAGUAACGAGUUCUAAAUUAUCGCAUUGAAAAUUCUCGCAUAUACGGAAUUCUAAGCGAACGAAUUACAAGACGAUUUUCCGUGUACUUCGAGGAUACGAAGAGCCUAAUUAUCCCAGAGAAAUAAUGCUAACCUCUGCUGCCUCGAUCGGCGGAAGAUACUAGGCGACUUCUUCGAAGUCAUCGUAUCGGUUCUCGGAUCUCGGAAAAGGAUCCCGUUCGAAAUCCAAAGAAAGAGAAUCGUUUUCGUAUCGCUGUGUGUUCCUUCGUGCGUGAUUUCUGUAUCCGUCUGUAUCCCGGUUUUGAAAAGUCGUCGCGAACGCCGCGUUCGGUAAGCCCGGAUUAACGAACAAUUAAUUCGCCUCGAAGCGACUGGAAGGCCCGUGGGAAGUCCGCUCGUCGUCGCGAGCGGAAACGAGCCGCGUCGGGGAGCCACCGCCGCCGCCGUCGCCGCGGCGUCCGUUCGCAAUUGAGACACGCGAAGGGACAAGAAGAGCUGUUCUGCAUGAACCCUGAGGAAAUCUUCGGCCUGUGCAACAGGAAGAACGUGAUCUUCGUUAUACUGUGCGCGGUGGCGCUGUACGUGCAUCUGUUCACGGUGGGACAGAGCGGCAACGGCCAGGAGCUCGAGGAUUAUCUGGACGCGGGGGAGGAGGAGGAGGAGGCGGCGGCUCGGCAGAUCUCUUGGUGCAUCGGGGACGAAGAACUGUCCGUGUUUCGGUCGCACUGCAACGAUGUGGAAGAUAUUCUGUCCGCUCUUGCUGAUGCUUUUCACGUUUGACCGGCCGCGCGAUAGAUCCGCUCGGGCCGAGCCAAUCGGCGAGCUCGUUCCGAGGGACGACGAUGAUCAGAAUCAUCGGGGGGAAGACCGGAAGCGAGGAGAAACGAAGAUCGAGGGCCCGCGUUUCCCGUUCUACGAGGACGACGACGAGGGUUCGAGCGAGCGGAUCGGAAGAUGGCGGAAGAACGGCGAGGCCUUGGAACCGAAAUGGAGGGACGGCGACACGGUGCCUCUGCUACCGUUUUCUCAGUUAACGCGGUACUCGACCGGCGAUCUGGGCUACACCGGGGAAGACGAGGACGACGCGCAUCAGCGGCGGUCGAAGUACAAAGAAACCCAGGAGACUCCGUUCCUACGGAACGCCGAGCGAGCUCCGUACGCUGACCACGAAGACUACGAGGAGAAAGGCGAGACCAGAAAAGAGGAGACGCCGCCGCGACGGAGAAACAGUCGACCGGCGCACGGCUUCAAGCCGCAGGCGACUUCGAGCAAGCAGAUGAACCCCGAUGACACAGCGGAGUAUCGAGAAGCGGCGUCGACGAAGUACCGCGAGGCCUUCCAGGUGCGUCCGAACGACUACGAGCACGAACUGGACGACGAGGAGUACCUGAAGCCACGGCCGAGGAAGAGGCGGCCGCCGCAGAACUACGAGUUCGCGUUGACGGAGAACGAGACGUCGCGGCCGGAAGCUGGAAGCGGUCCGUGGUCUCGGCCGGGUGGUGUCCGCACGGUUUCCGCGGACUCGGAGUCCAGGAAUCAGUUCGUGAAGAACGCGAUGGAGCUGAAGUCUCUACUGAAGAUGCAGCAGGAGGAGGGCCUGAGCCUGUCGGAGCUGCUGCAGAGGAGGAACCUGACGCUGAACGACCUGCUGAAGGGCAGAGCCGACGCGAUCAACGCGCUGAGAUCGAAGGACGCCGAGGACUACGUCGACGAGAAGCCGACGAUCGCGCCGUUCGCGAAAUUGACCACGAAGAGGCCGAAGAACUCGCUCGUGGAGGGAGGAACGGUCUCGACGGUUCCGGCGGCGGUCGAUCGCCAUGAAAAUGCGACGGGUAUGAUGCCGCGUUUAGGGCAAUCAACGACCGGAAAAUCGCUGAACACGGAACCUCCUCGUAUCAGGGGAACGCCCGCGGCCGGCGUUCUCGCUAUGGUUACGACGUCGAUGCCAUUCCCCGUCGCCACCAACUCCAUGGAACUGCUGCGGUCCGAGGAGACCACCGCGAAGCUGCGGGGCAACGGCGAGAUCAGGAUCGACGGCCUCGACGAGGACGAGAUCAUGGAGUUCUCGGACUUCCCCGACUACAAGAACGGCCGGAACGCGAUGUCCCCGGUGUGGUUGACCGUGAAAGACGGGAACGGCGAGGCUCCGGGGACGCUGCGGGAGGGCUACGAGGACAAGGGCUCGACCUUGAGCAUCGAGCAGCUUCUGAAUCCGACGGAACGCUCGUGGUCGACCCCGGGGAACGGGAAACGGGCGAGCGCGGAGGACGGCGUGACUAUGAGGCGACCUGGAAAAGAGGAAUACAGCAUGUACAUGGAGCACGAGUACCAAGACGACGAGUCGGCCGUUUACCCGGACCGCAAUGUCGAAGUCGCGACCUCGACGGAGAGAAGUAAUCGAGGAGAGACCGUGAUGCAAGGGAUGGAGAUUGCGUUGGAUUCGACGACCGAUGGAAACUCUACGAAGAAUCACGAGACAAACGACGCUGAUUACAACUUCGGGUAUCAGCAUGGUGUUAACGGGACCACGAAGAAGAGCUACGACGAUAUUAUAUCCGAGGUGGAGCCGGAGGCGCGGGCAGAGAUCUUCGAGUUGUUCGCGUCCGGAUCGGCCGGCAAGCGGCUGGAGAGGCUUCUGAAGUCCAGGAACAUGAGUCUGGAGGAGCUGAUCGCGCUGAGACAGAGGGGAUCGAGCAAGGUCCAUCUGGCCGACGUGUCACGGAUCAAGGUGCCGAAGAUCGCUGACGUAAACGGCGAGAAGAAAAGUGCUGGCGACGGAAGAGCGAUCGGCUAUGAUAAGAGAAUGAACGGCUAUCUGACGGAGUCCUACGAGAAUCUGCAUAGAUCUGUAAUGUCCAGUCCGGCGAGCUUCGUCCAACCGAAGGAAAUUACUACCGCGAAAUCGUUCUCUAACGCGACGACGGCCUCCAAGAUCGAGGAUGGAAGUGUUCUCGACGCGAGUCAGGAGAUCGCUGGACGACGCCAGGAGCAAAUCGUCGACUUGUUAACGACCUUCGGCUCGCUGCCGUUUGCGAAGGACAUUCAGCGGAAGUUCGCCGGCGAGUUUAACAGAGAGGAGAGAAGAAACAUGAUGGUCGGGGAUGGCAAGGACCUUGACGUCGCGGUUGUGAGUCAUCGGGAAACUGUGGGAGCUAAUAAGACCGCGAACACGAUUCAGUCCGGCUUCGUGAAGGAGAUCGUGAAACAGGAACCGAGUUCAAUCGACAUCAGAACGAUCUACAGCGAGACGAACGUCUUCAACGACGACGAGGAGAAGAGCGAGAAGGGGAGAGCAUUGUCGAAGAUAAGGCCGAGUAUAAUUGCCAGCGGAGCGAUUCUUGGCGUGACCAUUGUCGUUUUCCUUGCCAUAUUCAUCGCGUGCCGGAUCAAACAGAAGCAGAAGUACCGAUACAGGAACACCUUCUCCAGAGCCGUGUUCCAAGGCCCCAUGCUGGCCGCGAGGAAACUCUCGAACUCGAGCAGCCUGAGCACCGUCAUGGUCAACGUGAUCGCCACCUCGACGACGAAGAGGCCGGAGAAACACGAUGCCGUGGAACGUGCCAGAGAAAUGGAUACUAAAAGCGACAUCGACAAUGACUCCUUGGAUGCCAACGACAGUUGGGAAACCAUUCCUGAUUACAUGAAAUGAUAACUUACCGGAAGCUUGACAAUUACCAGUAUUUUUUUCGUUCUAGCGUUAAAUUCAAUCUUGCAUGUGUACAGAAAAGCCUGACCAUGCGCAAAGUGAAAGGCAGAUUUAUCGGUCUCAGUCAGUUUCUCAUUUAGAGCUACAAGCAACUGUUUCAAACGGAUGCGAUUUGUACAUACGAUUGUAUAGAGUUUCUAAUCGAGUUUUAUCCUUAAAGCUUAAUAUAAUUUAGAAUGUUAGGAUUAGUAUAAAUAUUCUUACAUAGGAUAUCAUCUUAGAUUAUACGGUAUCGGAAGCGUUUUCUGAUACUUCAAACUCCAUUCUUUCAAACUUAUAUAUAUAUAUAUAUAUAUAAUACAAUGAAAUAAAGUAUUUAUUUAUAUCCAGAUGAAUCUGGGGAAUCGUCAUCUUACGAUCUAAAUAAAGAGAAUUAUUUUUACUACUUA